AUGGGGCAGAGAAUCCGACACUUUGUUGGCGUCGAAAGCUCCGAGCAGCUCGCCUUCGUCGAUGAGCUCCAUGCGCUCGGGCUAAGCAGCACCGUUGAACUACCAGAGCUUGUCGUGGUCGGCGAUCAAAGCGCCGGAAAGAGCUCUGUCCUGCAGGCCAUCACCGAGAUCUCCUUUCCGGUGGACGAAAGCACUUGCACUCGCUUUCCGAUACAGGUCUCUUUCAGACAAACCACCGGGUCGAAAACGUCUCGUGUCAAGGCAACAAUCACGCCCGGCCCGCUGGCUGAAGGUGAUAGUGCCGUGCUGGGGCGUAUUAAGGACUUCUGUAUCGAGAAGGAGGCGUUGACUAAGGAGACUAUGAAGGAGAUGAUAGACAAGGGGACCGAGUGCAUGUUUGGAGAGGAGCAGCUCAAUGGAAAAGCCGCCGCACCACCACUGUGCGACGCGACGCUUCGCAUUGAGCGAUCGGGGCCGGAUGAGAUGCAUUGGUCCAUUGUGGAUCUCCCAGGCCUUGUUAAACGUGGAGGAUCGCGCAGGGAACAGAUUGCAGGCACCGAUGAAGUCGCUCCAGCCACGAAAUCAGCCAUUGCAGAAAGUAUAGUUCGAAGACACCUAAGCAAUGAGCGGAAUAUUGUUCUAGUUAUUCUUGACGACUCCGAUGUGGAGCGCUCUAAAAGCUUGGAGAUUAUUGAAAGCAUCCCAGGGAUCCAGAACCGGGCGAUAGGAGUCUUGAACAAGUGCGAUAAGAGAGAAGAGGGAGCUGGUCAGUGGAUGGUAUCUUUACUCCAGAAUGACCUUCCGACAGUGCCUCACCUCAACCAUGGCUGGUUUGGUUUGAGGAACAGAAGGCCCAUAGAGCCUCAUCUUACUGACGCAGAACGCGACCAGGCAGAGGAGCGUGAGUUCGCCCAGCCUGCGUGGCAAGACGUGCCAAAGGAGCGUUUCGGAAUAAAGGCCCUCAUGAAGUACGUCGACAGGGAGCGCCGCACGCUGCUGCAGAAGGGGAUGCCCGAGAUAAUAAUCGAGAUCCGCCAAAAGCUGCGCGACUGUGAGGCAGAUCUGAAGAGAAUAGGCGAGGCGAGAACCAGCCCUCGUGCACAGCGGUACUUCGUUCUCCAGUUCUGCAACGAAAUGCAGCGCAUGGCUGAGGGGUCGCUGCGUGGCCAGUAUCAGGAUAUCCCUUCGGAAGAUCCCAAAGUGCGCGUGCGUUAUAUGGUGCAAAAGCAGUUGGAGGAAUUCUCGGCCGCGGUUUACCCUACGCAGGAGAUUCAAGUGAGUUUUGGCGGGUAUGAGACCGAGUUGAACGACCUUCGUUCUUCCAGUCCCGGCCCGGUCGCAUGGGAGGACCGGAUCAAACGCGAGCCGGGAAUAUACGGUGCCAUUUACGAAGAGGCCAUGGUCAGUCGGGGGAGAAGUCUACCUGGUAGCGUCCACCCAGACGUGGAGGAGAAAGUAUUCCGGAAAAUGUCUGCGCAUUGGGAACGCAUCGCAAGGGCCCUGGUCGAGGACGCAAAACAGCGAGCCAAGGAAUGUUAUGAUAUCCUCCUGAAAUUGGCCAUUCCGAACAGUCGAGUGCGAUUUGAAGUCAGUCGGUUCAUCGGAGGCCAGCUGGAUGAUUGGAACAAGGAUUCCGAUCAUGCACUCCACGAGCUGAUUCAGGACAAUCAGGUCAGGCCAUUGUUCACCGGGCACCCCUUUCUGGAAACAAGCCUAGGAUAUGCGGAUCGGCAGCGGAAUCGUAUAUUCAACGGGGGCCGUGGGACAAGGGCCGAAGGAGAUGGAAAAUCUCCGGAUGUCAGCUACCUUCCCAACUUGCUGAACAAUAUUCUCCAAACCAGAGCCAAGCUCGAGAGCUAUUACGAGAUCGCAGUGUUCCGGUUUAUCGAUAACGUGGCGAUGCAGGUCAUCGAGCGGCAUGUGCUGGGCCCGAAAUGUCCGCUGCGAGCCAUCUGCGCUGAAACGUUCACGCAGUUGGAUAAUGACGAGCUUAACCGCAUUGCAGGUGAGGAUAGCGCGGAUGCAUCCACACGCCAAAGGUUGGAGAUGACGAGGGACAGGUACCGAAAGGCGCUUGAUCGCUGGGAACAACUUAGUGUGCUUUAG